CAAGUGACGAACCCUACGAUCGCUACGAUCGCGGCUUCUGAGCUGUUGAUAUUUUCAACGAAUAAUUUAAAUGUUCAGUAGUGAAACGGGCGUCAAGAUGAAAGCAGCUGCCAAGUUCGGUCUCAGUUUCCUAGUGCUCUUCGGGGUUGUAUUUGGAUUAGCCACAGCCCAGACUCAGCUGAGGAAACAGUAUGAGAACAGCCGUCGCACGCCGGUGAAAGCUGCACCUGUGCGGGAGCCAGUGCGACCAUCCAGAGACGAGUUGCCAGAGUCUGAUGACCCUGAGCUGUCGGAAAAUUGUCCGGAGCCGAAUGGAUUCUUCGCGGAUGCAGAGCAGUGUGACAAAUACCACGCCUGUCAUGAUGGCAAGAUUACGGAGAAACUCUGCCCAGACGGCAUGGUGUUCAACGAUUAUGAUUCUGACCAGGAGAAGUGCGAUUUACCUUUCAACAUUGACUGCAGCAAGCGGCCGAAACUUCAAACCCCGAUACCUUCCCAAAAUUGUCCCCGUCAGAAUGGAUAUUUCUCCAGCCAGACUGGGUCUUGUGAUAAGUUCUAUUACUGUGUGGAUGGUCAGUUUAACAUGAUCACCUGCCCAGCUGGCUUGGUGUUCAAUCCACGCACUGGUAUUUGCACGUGGCCCGAUGAAGCCGCAAAGGCUGGAUGUUCAUCGGAGGACAUCUUCAAAUUUACUUGCCCCAAAGUGAACGAAAGCAUCGCUGUUACCCACCCGAGGUAUGCAGAUCCGGAGGAUUGUCAGUUCUUCUACGUGUGUAUCAACGGUGAGACUCCUCGUCGCAAUGGUUGUAAGCUGGGACAGGCGUUCGAUGAUACAGCCAAACAUUGUGAAUGGGCACGGAAAGUUCCGGAUUGCACCGACUGGUAUAAGGACCGUUUAACUGAUGCUGAGCUUGAUGCGCUAGAGAAUCCACCAACUACCAAAGCUCCGGCGCCAAAGGCUACGAAAGUUUCUCGACGUCGUCCCUCGAAGCGACCCAAGCAACCUGUGGUGGAAGAUGAAGAAGAAUAGAAGGAAUUUGUAUAAACUAUAAUUCUUAGGAUCUACUCAAAAUUCUGUCCUUCUAUGUUCAAUAACAAUGUCGAUGAGUUAAUUUAUUGUUUUCAAUAAUUUGAAGAAAAUAAGAUCAUAAUAAAUAUUUCUAAAAUUAUA